ACUCGUCUUUCUUUCUGUUCCCUCUGGUAUUUAUAAUCUCUGACCUGAAGAAAAUCUUGGCUUAUUAUAUGUAGAUUGUCCUGUAAAGAUAGGGCUUCUGGUUUUCUGGUUGCGUGGAGGAAGAGCAGAGCUUCAGAGACGAUUCGGUUGUUUGAACAAACUGGUUCAUUUCUCAACUGUAAUCUCGCAAUUCUUGGGGGGUGUGAAUGGUUUUGUAUCUGUUGAGGGGAGUGGUGUGGCCUAAUUGGAAAUUUGGAAUAGGAUUUGUUUCUGUUUCUUCACGAAAUUGACAAGGUUUAGGAUUGCGGUUGUUCACGAGUUCUAGUGUUUCGUUGUUUGAUCCUUGAUUUUAGGAUCCGAUACGGAGGAUGUGUGUUGUCAUGUGUCGGUUUCACCUUCGAGGCACCGGGGGUUAGGUGGUAGUUGAGUGGUUGGGGACGGGGACGGGGACGGGGAGGGGAUAACAUGACUGAUUUUGGGCCGCGGCAACAGAAGCAGGAGAGCAAUGAUGCUCGUGCGGAGUUCCAGCGGGGUUUGGAGGAGUUGAUGCGUGGUCAUUUGGAUGAUUGUAUGUCAUUGGCUUCGUGUAGCUCUACUCGAGAUCAGGAGGAUGAUGAUGAGGAGGGUGAUCAGCUUGUGCGCCGCAGGCGACGGUCGGAUCUCGAAGGGGAUGAUUUGGCUGAGUCGUCUGCGGCGCGAAGGCGCCACUCGCGUAUUCUGAGUAGGUGGGCUGCUCGGCAGGCCCAGGAGAUGAUUACUACCAUUGAGAGGCGGAACCGUGAAUCUGAACUCAUGGCUCUUGCCGGUUUGCAUACUGUUUCCAUGCUUGAUUCUUCCUUUUUGAGGGAGUCACAGUCUCCCACUUCAAGACGGCAGGGGGCUGUUGAGAGGCCGAGCACGCAGGCAUCCUCUCUCCUGCAAAUGUGGCGGGAGCUGGAGGAUGAGCACGUGCUCAACCAUGCCCGAGAAAGGGUGAGGGAAAGGUUGAGGCAGCAGAGGGAUGUUGAAUCUAAUACCAAUCUUUCAACCACAAACAUGUCUGAAACCCGGGAGAGUGAACACCGUGGCAGUUUGGAUGAUGCAAGUGAGAGUGAGAACGAGUAUGGGACGUGGUCUCAAGGUCAAAUGGAGUCACAUAAUGAACGUGGAGAUCAUAACAAUUCUAGCCGUGAACAGUCUCCUGAUAUUGGCGAAGUUGAAAGGGAAAGAGUGAGGCAGAUUGUUAGGGGAUGGAUGGACAUUGGCAUGAGUGACCACACGUCCAAUGCUUCCCAGAGAAACAAUAGCCCUAGGGCGGAGUGGCUUGGUGAAACUGAACGGGAGAGGGUAAGACUCGUGAGAGAGUGGGUCCAAAUGACAAGUCAGCAGCAGAGAGGUUCUCGUAGCAGUAGAAGGGAAGAAAGAGCUGUUGCACUUGGUUCUCAGAUUGAAAGGGUUCGUGAUGGUAUGGUUGUUGACCAUGAUGAACGCCAAACUGUGCACAUUCGAAGGGACAGGCUGCGGUUGCGUGGAAGACAAGCUCUCAUUGAUUUGUUGGUAAGGGUUGAGAGGGAAAGGCAAAGGGAACUGCAAAGCUUGUUGGAGCAUCGAGCUGUCUCGGACUUUGCUCAUCGCAACCGUAUCCAGUCAUUACUCAGAGGUAGAUUCUUGCGAAAUGAAAGAUCUUAUGAGGAUGAGAGGCCACCUUCAAUGGCGGCGAGUGAGUUAGGCCAGUUAAGACAAUGGCAUACUGUAUCUGGUUUAAGGGAGGGAUUUCACUCUAGACCAGAAAAUAUUGUUCGUGGUCAAGUAAGCGGCCAUUCGAAUACUUCAUCUGACAACAACAUAAAUGGGUCUAGAGAUGAAGAAAUUCAGUCUAGCACUGUACCUGAAGUAACAACUGAGAACCAUGAACAAUUUCAAUCUAGAAGGCAGGAAAAUGAAAUUCAUCUUUUGUCAGAGCGUACGGUAGAAUUUACAAGCAAUGCAACUAUUGAAAGCACAAAUAUGCAAAGAUCCAGUAUUGAAGGUGGUGAUUGGCAAGAACAAAUUGUUGAAGAUGGUAGAAGAGAAUUGCAACAGCCUAAUGAAGCUGAGCUUAGUGAAUGGCAAGGUGGUAAUAGGGAAGAAAUGGAUGGAAACUGGCAAGAGAAUACAGCUAGGAAUUGGCCCCAGGAAACUUCAGGAAAUGAUGGUGGAGAAACUAGUCACCUGCAAGAAACACAGGAGUGGCAUGAAGAUGUUUCUAGGGAGGGUGUUGAGAAUUGGACAGAUGGGCCUUCUGAUCCUCCAAGAACUCGAAGAGCUGUUCCUGUUAGGCGGGUCAGUAGGUUCUACCCACCUGAUGAUGAUAAUGUGUAUAGUAUGGAAUUGAGGGAACUCCUCAGCAGGCGAAGUGUUUCUAAUCUUCUUCGGAGUGGAUUCCGUGAGAGCCUGGACCAAUUGAUACAGUCAUAUGUAGAAAGACAAGGUCGUUCUCCCAUUGAUUGGGAUCUACAUCGGACUUUGGUCACACCUACUUCACCCCAGCAAGAUCAGGAACAAAGAGAUGAUCAGAAUGGUGAUCAGCCUGAUACUGUUGUGAGACCUCCACUUGUGCUGCCUCCUCCACCAGUCCCCCCACCACGACCUAUUUGGCACCAGGAUCUGCAUCAUGCUAAUUGGCCUAGGCACAGCAUGCAUCGUUCAGAAAUUGUGCGCCAUUUUUUCUCUGAGUGGGAGAUCAUCAAUGAUUUGAGGGCUGACAUGGCUAGGCUUCAGCAUGGGAUGAGCCACAUGCAGAGGAUGUUGGAAGCCUGCAUGGAUAUGCAACUUGAGUUGCAGCGUUCAGUUAGGCAGGAAGUCUCUGCAGCAUUGAACCGGUCAGCUGGUGGGCAAGGGAUAGGUGUGGAAUCAUCGGAGGAUGGAUCGAAAUGGGGUCAUGUAAGCAAAGGGGCAUGCUGUGUGUGUUGUGAUUGUGAUAUUGAUUCGUUACUGUACAGAUGUGGACAUAUGUGCACUUGUUCAAAAUGUGCAAACGAGUUGGUUCGAGGUGGAGGAAAAUGUCCACUGUGCAGGGCACCAAUCGUUGAGGUGAUCCGAGCUUAUUCUAUACUGUAAAGAGAAGAGAAAAAAAAAAAAAACAAGAAAGAAAGAAAGAAAGAGAAGAAAGAAAAAAUAAAAAAAAAAGGUAAGAUAAGAUGUUGCUGAAGAGCCUUGAUAUUUGCUAUUUUCAUGGCUCCAUCAGGUUCUUGUCUUUAGAUUGUUUUGUUCUUUUUUGCCGCUGUUCUGAUCAUUUCCAGGAUUGCGGAACAUUAUGUAAAUUUAUGUUUGGAAUGACAAAUGGUACCUUCGAUUACGAUUC